AUGGGAUUAGUGAAAAAUGGAAGUGUAUACAUUGUGAAAAGUGUAAAUCAACCCACUUCUUCAUCACCACCACCUCGACCAGCACCAUCAACUAAACGUAAACUAGGACAACAAACAACUCUUAAUGGAUAUGCAUAUUCAUUUGGACCAAAAGAUCAAGAGGAAAUGGAAAGACUUUUGGCUCGUGCAUUUUAUUCAGCUGGAAUUUCUUUCAAUGUAGUUGAUAAUCCUGAUUUUCGUUUGUUUCUUAAAAAAGCAUGUUCAGCAUUUAAGGUUCCAUCACGAUAUGCUUUAUCAAAUACUAUUUUAGAUGUUGAAUAUAAUUCCUUAAAAAUAGAUGUAGAUAAUGUAUUAGAAAAAAAAGAGUACUUAUGUCUCACAAAUAUUAUGGAACUUGAAUGGUCUAAAAAUAUUAUCCAAUCCGCAAAAUAUAUAAUUAAUUAUUAUUUAAAACAUCAAGUUUCUCUCGCUAUUUUACAUCGAUUACAAAUGGAAAAGUAUAAUACACAUAUUGCAUUAUUAUUACCAGAACAAACAAGAUGGGGAUCAGCAUAUUAUUGUAUUAGUAAUCUUUUAAAAACAAAACUUCUAAAAAUUGAAAAAUCAAUUGUUCAAAAUUCUGAAAUACCUAAGAAUAUUCAACAAAAAGCAAUUGAAUUUGGAAAAUCACAAUGGAAUGAUUUUCUUUAUAAUCCUAUUAUUAUGGUUGCUUGCAACCUUGAUCCAUAUUAUCGUGAUGAAUUACUUAAUCCUACACAAUCGGAUGGAAUUUUAGAAGAAAUUAUUCGAAUGACACCUGAAAAUAAGCAUGAUGCUAUUAUUGUAGAAUAUUCAGAAUAUAUAGGAAAGUUAGGUGGAUUUUCAAAUAAACAUUUAUGGGGUAAUAUAACCAAAAAACCAAUUAAUUGGUGGAAAUUAGUUGCAAAACGAUAUCCUAUAUUAAGUACUAUUGCUCUUAAAAUAUUAUCAAUACCAGUAACUUCAACAGCUAGCGAACGCAAUUGGUCAACAUUUAGUUUUAUUAAUAAUAAAUUACGAAAUAGAAUGUUAAAUCAGAGAGUUGAAAAAUGUGUUUAUCUUUAUUGGAAUAUGAAGAUUUUAAGAGAAAUCAAAGAAAAAAUAGAAACAAAUAUAGUAAAUGAAUUAGAUAGUAUUGCAGAAAAGGAUACUAUUUCUUUACAGGCUUAUAAUACGAAAAAAAUUACGCUGAAAUCAUCUUACGUGAUCUUAAAAAUUCCGAAUCCGAUUAUUGGGCUUCGAGCUUAUUCGACGACCGGUAAUGAAAUUAAUAAUGAAUUCGAUAUCUCCAUAGACAGAUAUGGUAUAGAAGUGGCCAUGGUAGCCCUUGCAAUUGGACUUAUUGGACAAUUGGACAAUUUAUAA